AUGCCAGCACGUGGCACGCCGUACACACAGCAUUCGUGCCUCGAUUAUACUGCGACUUCCACGACGCGGCGGGUCAUCGCACAACGCCAUCAACUGUGCUCGAUGGUCGACUCGAUCUUCUCCAUCACAUUGGGCGGCAUCCUCAGCCUGGAAGACAUCGCUGAGUACGGCAUUCACGUCGGCAUCCUCUUCAUGCUGCCCAAUUGGCUCACGAUUGAGAUCGUGGGCUGCAUGAUGCUGGUGCUGGCCAUCAUCAUUGCCUUGGUCAGCAAUGAGCUCCUGAUCAACACGACGGUGAUGGUACUCUGCUCCGUCACCCUGGUGUCGGGCGUGGGGCUCCAACGAUGCUGCCAUCCCUAG